CUUCAUUAAUCAUCGUUCUUCUUCUGGUUCAAGAAUUCAAGAAUGGAACAAGAUUCCGAUCACGAGGUUUUGAAUUUAUCAUUGGCACCGCCAAACCCCGACGCAGCAGAGACACCUCCUCUCGGCCCAAAUCUCCCGGUUGCUCCGUCGAGUUCUUCUUCUGCUGACUCGAAUGUGUCCCCAGGUCUUUCAAGCUGCACGAAUCUUCCGGUUGCUCAUUCGAUUCCGCUGGGUCUCCGUAUCUCGGCACGGAUAUUUCUCCGGCCAUUACUUCUGGAUCGCAGGGUUUGUUCUUUAGAUUUUGUUACUCGUGUGUAUAUUCAGGUUGCAAGUUCAGCUCAAGACUUGCCUAAACCACCGGGAGCUAUCAACUUUCCAAUGACCAAGAUUACAAUCGGAGAUUGGACCCAUGUUGCGGUCAACCCCACUGGUCUUAAGGCUAGGUGCUUCUUUGGAAAGCAAAAAUUUGUCUGGGAGAUUCUUGACGUGGUAGAAACAAAAAAGAAAUGGAAAAAAAUGGAGAUCAAGUGGGAAGAUGUCUUGUCCCUUAAAGCAGAUGUUCAAACUGGAUGCCUAGAUAUCGAGUUAAGAAUACCACCAAAGUUCUUCGAAGAGUGUGAUCCAGGUGUUCUUGCUCACUGGCAAAAGAUCAGCCAUUUCACUGAAGAUCAUCCUUCUAACUUUUGCAGGAGACAUGCGCUAUAUUUUGAUCCGGAAGUUUUAAAGACCAACUACAACUACAUAGUAGCAGACAGCUUCUGGGCCAGAAGAACAGUGGAAGUCCCUUUCCCAUCGUUACCAGACUCGCUUCACUUCGAAGAUGGCGAUGCAAACUUAGCGGUUGGAGACAACAGCCUGAAUGCCUCUGCAAAUCAGUCACUUGUGCGCAAUGUGUUACUUACGCCGCCAAUUACAAGAAUUCUACCGGUUGGAGUUACUUCUCCGGUCAUUGCAAGAUACUUCCUAACAGGUUUCUUCAUGGCAAGUGAUAGCAAGGAAGUGGCCAUGGUGCAGCCUGCGCUUGGACCAUUAGCUUUAGGCAAAUGGAGUUAUCUGUCAUUAGGGUUCUCAGGGGAUUCUGAGUCAGUUUUGGCCAAAGAUUUGUCAUCAAAAGCAACAACAUGCGCUUCAACUGAUGCGGAACAAUCUACUAAAAAGGUCAAUGAUGAUCCUACAUUCUUGGAACCCAAUCCAAUGCUUUCUGAUACCUUUAAUGUCCUCCUCUCAGAGUCUUCUCUCUCCGUCGCUGAUUUCUGUAAGCGGAGCAUUGAUCGUGGUCGUAGAAGAGUCACCAUCAUCUUCCAUCCAUCACCGAUCUGAACCACAUCAAUAAGCAUCAAUGGCCUUAUAAACCUCACAGUAAAAGAAACUCGAGAGUUUGGUCUGAAAAACCAAGCACUGAUGAGCAAAUUAGCAAGAAGCUCUGGUAAGGACCCGAAUCUCAAGGGAUCUUACGAGGCAUGUGUGGAUAGUCAUGGCGAGGCAAUCAAAGAGCUUGAGAAAGCUCAAAAGUUUUUGAGCAGUAGCUCUUUCAAGCAAGCAGUUUCGCCUAUUUCUAGCGCAUUUGAUAAAGCUUCUGAUUGCAAAGAUGCGUUCGAAGGACCUUCUAAUGAGCCACCUAUGGUUUGGAAUCGCAUUGAAGACUUUACCUUUAUGUGUUACAUUGACUGGAGUUUGGCUCAACUUGUCAAUUAAAUUCAUAAGUAUAUGUUUCAGUUACAAUAAUAAAAACUCAAAUACAGUAUCUUUUAACAU